AGAAAGCGUAACAGAGAGACAGAAGGAAAGAGAAGGUGACAGACAAGAGAGGCGGAGGUGGAAAAUAGGUUAUUAGAUCUGAAAGAUACAAAGCGGUGCAGAUCUUAAAAUCUGAAAUAAAACUAAGGCCAGGUUUUUGAAAGCAAGCCGCAAGGGAAACAAAAAGAUUGCAGGUAAAGAUGCCCAAUUUCGCAGGAACCUGGAAGAUGAAGAGCAGCGAAAAUUUUGAAGAACUUCUCAAAGCGCUUGGGGUGAAUGCCAUGUUGAGGAAAGUGGCCUGUGCAGCAGCGUCUAAACCUCACGUUGAGAUUCGUCAGAAUGGUGAACAGUUCUACAUUAAAACAUCUACUACUGUGAGGACCACUGAAAUCAACUUCCAGAUAGGACAGGAGUUCAAUGAGGAGACUGUGGAUGGUCGCAAGUGCAAGAGCCUGGCCACAUGGGAAACAGAGAAUAAGAUUACCUGCAGACAAACCCUUCUGGAUGGCAAUGGCCCGAAGACGUACUGGACAAGAGAACUAAAGGGGAAUGAACUCAUCCUGACCUUUGGGGCCGAUGAUGUGGUGUGCACACGGAUUUAUGUUCGAGAAUGAGAACAGAGGCGAACUGAUGGAGUUAUCGUCCAGCACUUGCAGCUUCGAAAGAAUAACGUUUUUCACGAUUAACUUGCACUGUGGUGUGUUAGAUGAUACUUUCUGCUUAAGAUCUUGGUUACCAUGUUUGUCUAUUCGUUGUACUCGUGAUCACAUUACAUUAAUUGCUAGUGUCUAUUAUUAUCUAGACAUGUUAAGACAGUGCUAGCUCUAUUAAUGUUUUCUUCAGCCAGGAGUGACAGCACACUUGUCCUGAUAUAUUAUUUUCAACUCUUUUUUUAUCAUUUGUUUACCAUGAAAUAAUAAAGACACGUACGUUCAGUCA